GCAAACUCACCACACUGUAGGUGCACUGGGAAAGGCAGUGUGGGCUGCUCUGCCUUGGGAAAAGGAAAGUGCAUUUGUGGGAUUGUCUUUGGGACACUCAGGGACCCAGGUGCACUUGGUGCAGGAGAAAGUGGAAAUCUGCUGUGUACCUCAAGGAGAUUUCUCCCUGGCAGAAAGGAAUCCAUUAUUUGAUUUGUAUGGUAUAAGAAGGAAUACAGCAGGAAUCACCUGAACCAACAGAGAAUGAGCCUCACCAGGAACCAUCAGAACUUGUACCCCUGAUUUAAUUGGAAGAUGACAAAAACUUUCUAGAAAAUACCCACCUACAUCUUAGGCUUCUGCCAGCCUUGAAAAUCACCCUGAUCAUCCUGGCAUGACUAUAUCUAGGCCUAAAAAAUGAUCCUAAAUGAUCCUGAAAUGCUGAACUGGAUUGAGAGCUGCAGUGAAUGGCACAUGCCCUUUCAAGAAAUAAAGACCAGAGAAGAAAAAACGAAGGAUCCGGUUAUCCACAGACAAAACUGAAGUUGGUUCCUUGGCAGGUCAUCCAGAAGAGGAAGAAUUUAGACACCUCUGUCACUGGGGAAGCCAGCAUAAGCCUGGAUGAAAAUCCUGUGUGUGGCAGUAAGUUCAGGGUUUGAGUCCUUAUAGCCAGUGACAAGGUCCUAAGAAGGAAAAAAAAAUCUAUAUUUUGAAGUAAAGAAAAAAGCUCUCCUGCCUCUUAAUACUAGUCUGAAACAGGAGGAUGUUGUGAUCACAGCAUGCUGGCAAUCAUUUAUUCAUCUGCCACAAAAUACCUGGAAGAAGGAAAGAACCUGGAUUGGAGCUGCCUCAUCCAACACCAAGAGAAUCACAAAUCACAAACUGAGGCUCACAGAUAAAAAAAGAGCCAAUAAGGACAACAAGAGUGGAUUUGGAAAGGAGAUGGAAAGCUUGGACCUCUCACAAAACUCAGAACCCAGGGCCAAAGUCAUGUCCUCACUGAAAACUUCUGGAAAUAUAGGCAGUCAAGCAGUCAGGCAGUGUCUGCUGUCAGUGCAGAGCCAAAAUAAAGAGUAUUUUCCCAACUGCUGUGGGCCACUUCAGUAUGGUGAGUGUAACAGAUGUGGCAGUGCCAACUCCACAGGGAGUACAGAGGUUUACCUGGAAUGGAACAAAGCUGUGAGGGUGGAUUCUGGGCUGGAAAAGAUGUGGGCUGUGGUCAUGAUAUCCUGGAUAAUUGUCUAUGUCAAAGUUGCAGGUGCCCCCCAUGUAAAAUGCCAUCAGUUGUCCCCAGGUCAUCAUCUUUUACAUGAGGAAUUACCUUAUUUGGGGAAGAUCAUCCUCUUCAAAGAGACCACUGGACUACAAAAUAUGGGGGAAGUUUGCUUAGCAGAAACCUCAAUAAGGGCAUAUUUUAGGACUCCUCCCAGCUACUCCACUCUCCUGCAUCAUCCUGCCUCAAACGGAGCUUAAAAUCUGCCAGGAGUGCUGGUAACCAAAAAAGAAAUGAGGAUCUCACAGCUGUCCAUGGAAUGGGGAAGCUGUAGAUUUCAGAGAAAAUGAUGUUCCCUGAAGUGUGAAGGGGAAGGAGCAGUGAAGAGCUGAAGGAGAGAGGAGGUCAGUGCUGAUUCCUGCUGCUAAAGAUGGCUCAGAAAUGGGCAGUUCUGGCUGUGCUCCUUUUCUUGCCAAUCAAUCUGGUUGAAGCUCACAACAUGGUGAGUGUACAGGCUGGCCACGAAGCUGUGCUGGAUUGCCCCAACAUGUCCAAGGUGCCUCCAGUGCAGGUGACAUGGAAGAGGAAUUGCAGAAGUUGCUGCUGCUUGUCCUAUAGAAGGGAUCAUGAUAAGACAAGCAGGCUGAACUGCAGUGAGAGGAUCACAUGGAAAUAUUCACCUGUCAGUGACCCUGCACUUCGUAUUUACCCUGUGAACCUCGGGGAUGAGGGAAUUUACACCUGUGAAUUUGCCAACACGGAAGGGAAUUUUGAUUUUUUCUCUUCUCUGACUGUGAUAGUCCCUCCUACGGUGACUCUGACCCAUGACAAGAGCAGGGUGGCUGUGUGCCAGGCAUCUGCAGGAAAGCCAGCUGCUGACAUCUCCUGGAUCCCUGCAAGCAAUCACAGCUCCGAGGAAGAAUUCCGUCACCCCAAUGGAACAGUGACCAGAGUGAGCUACUUUGGCUGGGCCAACAGCUCAUUUCCCUCUGUCACCUGCCUGGUCACCCACGCAGCCAUGAACCAGACUGUGGUCAUGGACCUGAGAUACAGCUCUCAUAGGCUUCCCUACAUCCUGGCAGGAGCAGCUGCAGGUGUCCUUGCUGUCACUGGUGUGACUUUAUGCUUGAUUUUCGGGUGCAGAGCUUGCUGGUUACGUAAAAGGGCACAGGGCCCAGCAGAACACUCAACCAGAGCCUGGAAGUUCCCACCUUCACGUGCAACAAGAGCAGCAGUCAAGCCUCCUGACAUUCCAGAGAGAAUCUAUGCGAAUUACAGCCCAAGAUCUAUUUAUGUAUGCUUAUAAGAGUGUAGGCACAAGUAGUCAGCUCAGCUACUAAUGAUACUCAGCUACUCAAAUUUGUAUUUCAACACCUAAGCCUCAGACCUUACCCCCCAAAAUCUUUGUAUUUCCUGACCUGACAAUGGUGGGGCAGAAAGGCCCAUUUUAGUAAGUUUUUUCUCUUUCUCUAAAUAUCAGUACAGCUCUAGAGAAAGUUGGAAAUUUUAAAAAUUGAAUUAGGGACCUUAAUUCUGUUAAAAAAUGGACUCUGGUGCAUAGGCUGCUUUUCCUCAAAACAACAAUGGACAUAUUUCUGUGCCAGAGUAAAAGACUGCUGGUGAAAACGUGGCACUUUUCUUUCCAUUUUGACAAGUAGAUUCUCUUUAAAGUUUUGUGUUGGAAACUAGAAAGUGACAUGGGAGACCUCAAAACACAGAAGGUCAAAGCAAUACAUCUAACAGAAAUGCAGAAAUAAGAGAGUUUUAGGGUUUUUUGGUUGUUUUGUUUUGUUUUCUGGUUGCAAUGACAGAUGAUGAUCUUCUAUUUGACACAUUUGCAUUUUUAAUAGAUUUCUUUUUCACUUAAUUUUUCUGUUUGCAUUGAUGAUUGCUGGAAAAUAAAGCCAAUUUGAUAUACUCGA